GCUUCUUGCCAGGGUCCUGGCAGCUUCCUCUUCCACAGCCACUUCCGUGUGGCCGGGGCCCCAGAGGCAGGAGCUGCUGCCUGUUGCCCAGGCCACCCUCCACCCCCAGUUCGGAGCCCUGCCCCCCUGGGGCCAGGCCAAGCCCAUAGGCUGGCUUGGGAUCCCAUGGGGGACUGGUAGGGCAAAGGUCUUGGGGGACAGAGGUGGCUGGGCCAGACCCCUGGGGCUCCGGCCAUGAAGUCUCGGCAGAAAGGAAAGAAGAAGGGCAGCUCGAAGGAGCGGGUGUUUGGGUGCGACCUGCAGGAGCACCUGCAGCACUCAGGCCAGGAGGUGCCCCAGGUGCUAAGGAGCUGCGCAGAGUUUGUGGAGGAAUAUGGAGUGGUGGACGGGAUCUACCGCCUCUCAGGGGUCUCCUCCAACAUCCAGAAGCUUCGGCAGGAGUUUGAGGCAGAGCGGAAGCCAGACCUGCGGCGAGAUGUUUACCUCCAGGACAUUCACUGCGUCUCUUCCUUGUGCAAGGCCUAUUUCCGAGAACUGCCAGAUCCCCUGCUCACUUACCGGCUCUAUGACAAGUUUGCUGAGGCUGUGGCAGUGCAAUUGGAGCCAGAGCGCUUGGUCAAGAUCUUAGAGGUGCUUCGAGAACUCCCUGUCCCAAACUACAGGACCCUGGAGUUCCUCAUGAGGCACUUGGUGCACAUGGCCUCAUUCAGUGCCCAGACCAACAUGCACGCCCGCAACCUGGCCAUCGUGUGGGCCCCCAACCUGCUGAGGUCUAAGGACAUAGAGGCCUCAGGCUUCAAUGGGACAGCAGCCUUCAUGGAGGUGCGUGUGCAGUCCAUCGUUGUCGAGUUCAUCCUCACACAUGUGGAGCAGCUCUUUGGGGGUGCUGCCCUCUCUGGUGGUGAGGUGGAGAGUGUAUGGCGAUCAAUUCCAGGGGCCCGGGCAUCAGGCAGCCCCGAUGACCUUAUGCCCAGGUCCCUGCCCUACAACCUGCCUAGCAGCCUGCAGGCUGGAGAUGGCCCCCCACAGAUACGGCCCUACCACACUAUCAUUGAGAUUGGAGAGCACAAGAGGAAGGGGUCUUUGAAGGUCAGGAAGUGGAGAUCUAUCUUCAACCUGGGUCGCUCUGGCCAUGAGACUAAGCGUAAAGUUCUGCGGGGGGCUGAAGAUAGGGAGGACAAAUCUGAUAAGGGGACUCUGCGGCCAGCCAAGAGCAUGGACUCCCUGAGUGCUGCAGCUGGGGCCUGUGAUGAGCCAGAGGGGCUGGUAGGACCCAGUAGUCCUCGGCCAAACCCACUGCUGCAAGAGAGCUUGGAGAAUUAUUCUGUGGAGGUGGCAGAGGGUGAACAGGAGCCUGAGGGAGAGGCACUGGGUGGCACAAACUCUGAGCCAGGCACACCACGAGCUGGGCGGUCAGCGAUCCGUGUUGGGGCCAGCAGCCGUGCAGAGCGCUGUGCUGGCGUCCACAUCUCAGAUCCCUACAAUGUCAACCUCCCACUACACAUCACCUCUAUCCUCAACGUGCCCCCAAACAUCAUCUCUAACGUCGCCUUGGCCAGACUCACUCGUGGCCUUGAGUGCCCGGCCCUACAGCCUCGGACAAGCCCUGCCUUUGGCCCUGGCCCUGGCCCUGGCCUUGGCCCCGGUCCCCCAGAUGAGAAGUUGGAGGCAAGUCCAGCCCCAGGUCCCCUGACUGACUCAGGCCCAGCGGAUGUGGCCCCUGCCCUGGAGGACUGCCUGUCCCAGGAGGUGCAGGAUUCCUUCUCCUUCCUAGAGGACUCAAGCAGCUCAGAACCUGAGUGGGUGGGGGCGGAGGAUGGGGAGGUGGCCAAGGCAGGAGCAGCAGGAGCAGCCUUCUCCCCUGGGGAGGACGACCCUGGGAUGGGCUACAUGGAGGAGCUCCUGGGAGAUGGGCAUCAGGUGGAGGAGUUCUCUGUGGAGCCACCCCUGGAUGACCUGUCUCUGGAUGAGGCGCAGUUUGUCCUAGCUCCCAGCUGCUGUUCCCUGGACUCUGCUGACCCCAGGCCUGAAGCAGAGGACGAAAGUGGGGAGGAAGUCUUCCUGAGUGCCUACGAUGACCUAAGUCCCAUUCUGGGGCCCAAAUCCCCAAGCUGGGAGGGUCCAGGCAGUCUGGAAGAAGAGGCAGCAAGGUGUGGAAAUCAGGAGGCUCCAGGACAGACUGAGGGAGAGCAGGCAUGCUGGGAAAUUGGAGAGGACAAGGAAGCUGAGCCUGGAAGCAGAUGGGACAUCAGGGAGGAGGCUGAGGGGAGUCCAGAGAGUGAGGUAGAGGCUGGAGAGGCUGAUGAGAAAGAAGGGGAGGUUGGGGGAAACCAAGAGAUGAUGGUCUGUUUGAGAAAAGAUAGUGGGGAAGAGACAGAGGCCAAGGGAGAGGAGUCCAUGGGUCCACAGGAGGAUGAGUGUAUGGAAGAAGCUAAGGUUAUGGAGGAAGGAGGAGGAGAGCAGGGAAAAGACAAGGAGAAGAAAAGAAAGACUGAGAGAGAGGAAGAGGCUAAGGAAGGAGAGGAAGCCCAGGUAGAACCUGGAAGGGACCCAGAGCACAGGGCCCAGGAAAACCAAGUUGCUGAGGAGAGCUGGGAAGUUGUACACAAACAAGAGGCUGAGGAAGGCAGAGAGGAUGAGGUCAAAGGACAGAGCAAGGAAGGGGACCAAGAGGCAAGAGAAGAACAAGGAGAUGGUGAAGAUAGCAGAAGCCCAGAAGCAGCAGCUGAAGGAAGAGUAGGGGAGGUGAGCAAGGAACGAGAGAGUGGGGAUGGAGAGGCUGAGGGAGACCAGGGGGCUGGAGGUGACCAUUUAGAAGAGGGCUCCCUCCCUGAAGGGUCACAUGUAGAGUCCCUGGAGGUUGACAGUGCCAAAGAGGGCAAUGCUCACUCCUCUGAGACAGAACAGGCAGUCCCACAGCCGCCCCGGCCAGAGGAGAUGGAGCCUGAGGGGCAGCCCAGUCCAGAGGGCUGCAAUCUGUGCCCCUGUCCAUUUGGCUCAGCUGGCAGUGUGGGCAUGCGCCUGGCUUCCACCUUGGUUCAGGUCCAACAGGUCCGCUCUGUGCCUGUGGUGCCCCCCAAACCACAGUUUGCCAAGAUGCCCAGUGCAAUGUGUGGCAAGAUCCAUGUGGCACCUGCAAACCCAUGCCCGAGGCCUGGUCGGCUUGAUGGGACUCCUGGGGAAAGGGCUUGGGGGUCCCGAGCCUCCCGCUCCUCUUGGAGGAAUGGGGGCAGUCUUUCCUUUGAUGCUGCUGUGGCCAUGGCCCGGGACCGCCAGAAGACUGAGGCUCAGGGUGUUCGGCGGACGCUGACCUGUACUGGGGGUGUGGAUUACAGCCUCAUCCCCAGAACCUCCCCCUGUAGCAUGAUCCCUGCUCAUUCUUUCCGACCCUUUAGCUGCUUGGAGCUCCAAUCUGAAGGCACAGAAGGGUCUGGAUCCCGGAGUCGGCUUAGUUUGCCCCCCAGAGAACCCCAGCCCCCUGACCCUCUUAUGCCCCCCCAGCGCCGAUCAUAUGCAUUUGAAACACAGGCUAACCCUGAGAAAGGUGAAGGACUGUGAUUAGGACCAGAGAGCACUGGGCAAAAGGGACAGUAAGUUGUCUUGAAUCUCCGGGAUCCCUGACUAGCAGUCUCUUCUGCAGCCUGAGCAGCUGUAGUGCCCAACUCUAUAGGCUUUGGCCCUCUGGCACUGCCUUGGUUGGUUUACCUGAGUUUGUCUCAGACACAAAGAACUUAUCCCUUAGGAGAUUCCCAAGAAAGUCAACAAGAUCCUGUUCCCAGAGAGCAAGGUCAUUGGUCAAGGGGAACAAAGAGUAGGCAGAAAACUUAGAGGUUUCUCAAAGUGAAGAAAGAGGGGGAACUCCAGCCAAGUUCCUGCCCUCCUCUGAGGCUGUGAACUUCUCUUCAUGGAAGCCCAGGGUGGAGGUGGGGAGGACAGGGCCAGGUCAAAGCCUUUCACACAAACACUUCUAGAGCUGCCCAUCCCUGUUCUGCUCUUGGGCUCUUGGAUACCUCCUGACCCUUUUAGCUCCAGCUUAGGAGGAACAUGUCUAGGAAGCUCUUUGAAGGCCUCAACGUUUGUUGGAGGGACUGCCCCCCUUUCUAGCUCCUCCACCCUCUGCCUCCAGUCAUCUUAGGGAAGAGAGGUCCUGUCCAGAUCUCUCUGGCCUCUCCUUUUUCCUUUGGAAUAACUUCCUCUUAUUUCAGGGAAGGGAAAUGGUGUCACUCAGGCUCUGGGACUGCUUCUCCAGAUAGUCUGGGGCCACAGGUCCCAUUCUAAUAAGGGGUGAUGUCUCAGAAUAAAAUUGUAUUUUUACA